GAUUGAUUAUUCGCUUCUCACUAUUUCCUUCACUCGGCUUCAUGUCGGUCCCUGAACCCAUCGCAAUUAUCGGGACAGGUUGCAGAUUCCCAGGCUCAGCAUCCUCCCCGACUAGGCUCUGGGACCUUCUGCUUCAUCCGCGCAAUGUAGCUUCUAAGACACCCAAGGACCGGUUCAACCAUGAUGCCUUUUACCAUCCUGAUAAACAUCAUGGCACAGGAAACUCUCCUGAAUCCUAUUUUCUUACUGAGGACCCCCGCGCAUUCGACGCGCCCUUUUUCAAUGUCUCUCCUGUUGAAGCAGAGUCGAUGGACCCUCAGCAACGUUUACUACUAGAGGUCGUCUACGAGUCUCUGGAGACAGCAGGCUUAACACUAGAAGCUCUUCGAGGUUCUGACACGGGAGUCUUUUGUGGCCUUAUGAGUACGGACUAUGCCAAUCUGAUUAGCCGUGACUGGGAUGAGGUUCCCAUGUAUACCCCAUCCGGAACGGCAGCAUCUAUGCUUUCCAAUCGUAUUUCCUACUUUUUUGACUGGCAUGGGCCAUCAAUGACGAUAGACACCGCAUGCUCUUCGAGCUUGGUAGCCCUUCACCAGGGUGUAAGUGCUCUGCGAAACCAGGACUGUCACAUAGCCCUGGUGGCGGCUAGCAACCUCAUUUUUAGCCCCCGCGAGUAUAUUGCUGCUUCCCGGAUGCACUUACUCUCCCCCUCCGGACGAUGUCGGAUGUGGGAUGAAAGCGCGGAUGGUUAUGCACGGGGUGAGGGUAUUGCUUCCGUGGUCUUGAAACGCCUCAGCGAUGCUAUUGCGGACGGGGAUCCCAUCGAAUGUAUCGUCCGCGCCACAGGGAUCAAUGCCGAUGGACGCAGUAUGGGAAUUACCAUGCCAUCUAGCAUUGCCCAAUUACAGCUUAUACGCUCAACAUAUGCCAGCGUCGGGCUGAAUCCCGCAGACCAUCUCGAAGACCGGUGCCAAUUUUUUGAAGCCCAUGGCACAGGCACGCAGGCUGGAGAUCCUCAAGAAGCCACUGCCAUAUAUAAUGCAUUCUAUGGGGAUUCAGCCUUGCCUGAGAAGUCAAUCAAAGAGCCCUUGUACGUGGGUUCAAUAAAGACCCUCAUUGGCCAUACAGAAGGUGUAGCAGGGCUAGCGGGAGUUAUAAAGGCCUCUUUAUGCGUCCAGAAAGGCAUUAUACCCUCGAACAUGCUAUUGGAGCGCAUCAAUCCAGUUAUUGCACCUCUGACUUCUCGACUUCGCAUACCAACCGAGCCAUUGUCGUGGCCCAGCCUUGCCCCAGGUGUUCCUCGCCGGGUUUCGGUUAACUCAUUUGGUUUCGGUGGAACUAAUGCACAUGCGAUCAUUGAAAGCUAUAGUCCAACGAAACUGACGCUAGAGCAUUUUUUGUGCCCACGGCUACUUCCAUUUACUUUCUCUGCAUGCACAGCGAAAACCCUGAUAGAGGUUCUAGAAUGCUAUGACCAAUUUCUUCGAGAGCACCCCGCCGUCGACUUGAUAACCCUAGCCGAGUCUCUUCUAAAACGACGAUCAGCAUUUAGUCACCGUGUUUUUAUCACAGCAGCUUCACUUGAAGCCCUUCAAUUAGGGAUAAAGAUAGAGCUUGAGAAGCGAAGGUCAGCAGCAGUUCCAAGUAUUAUGUCCCGGCCCAGCCAUGCACCAAAACGAGUACUGGGUAUCUUUACUGGACAAGGCGCGCAGUAUCCGCAAAUGUGUUGGGACUUGAUUUCAGCCAGUCCACAAGCCAUGAUCUGGAUGACAGAACUGCAAGAGUCGUUGAACAGUCUUCCAUUGGAGUACCGUCCGGACUUUUCAUUGGUUCAGGAGCUCUCGGCUCCCGAGUCAUCUUCAAGAAUCCACGAAGCAGUUGUGUCACAGCCCCUGCGCACAGCUGUGCAGAUAAUACAAGUAAACUUUUUACGGGCUCUGGGGGUUCAUUUUUCCACUGUCGUGGGACACUCGUCGGGUGAGAUUGCAGCGGCUUAUGCUGCAGACGCUAUUAGCGCAGCAGAUGCUAUCAGAGUUGCAUACCUGCGAGGUUUCGUAGCUGAACAGGCCGUCGCAAAUGGCCAUCCUGGAGCUAUGCUGGUCAGUGGGAUUCCCUGGGAAGACGCGCAGGCACUUUGCUCUGAAGGUGGCUUCAGCGAAACAGUCAAAGUUGCUGCAAGUAACUCUCCGGUAAGUGUCACGUUUUCUGGGGAUACACAAGCGAUACAGGAACUCGAAUGGAUGUUAGAAAGCCUAGAUCUCGCGGUGCAUCGCCUGAAUGUGGACAUCGCCUAUCAUUCGCACCAUAUGAUACCAUGCGCUGCACCGUAUCUGCGCGCUCUCGAGGCCUGUGGAAUUCAGGCAAAUCCUACGACAACGACAUGGUUUUCUAGUGUACACAAGGAAACGAGGCUAGACACUGAAGACAUCACUCCUCAAUACUGGUGCCAGAACAUGCUUCGUCCCGUGCUUUUCUCUCAGGCAGUAGCGGCCGCUUUUGCAGACAAUCCCAAAUUUGAUUUAUUGAUCGAGGUUGGGCCACGUCCCACACUCAGAGGACCAGUCUUGCAAACAACAUCUGAGAUGGCAGAUAUAGAGCCAGAGACAACCUACCUUGGUUUGGCUGAGCGUGAUGCCAACAGUACGGAGGUAUUUGCUCGCGCUAUUGGCUCACUCUGGACGCAUCUGGGAGCAAAUAUAGACAUCCAGCGUUAUCUGUCACUGUUCGAUAAUUCAUAUGGAAGCCGUUUUGUGAAAUGCCUACCCACAUAUCCCUUCGACAAAACACGAGCUUAUUGGACGCUGUCUCGCCAUACUAAAGCGCGCCUACAGCACUCUGAUCUCCCACACCCUCUUUUGGGGACUCUCAGCCCUGAAACAGGCGAGGACGAAUGGCGCUGGCGCAACUACUUAAGCCGGACAGAACUCGGAUGGCUUAAUGACCAUCAGGUUCAAUCUCAGACUGUGUUCCCUGCAGCCGGAUACAUAUCAAUGGCAUUGGAAGCAGCUGCAAAAGCCGCACGUGGCCAACCUCUGCGUUUGGUGGAAUUCGAUGAUGUGCGCAUCCACUGUGCUGUUCCUAUUCCUGACGAUCCGCAAGGUGUGGAGAUAAUCUCGAAAUUAGGCGUUACAAAAUCAGAAAGCAAUGUCAUCAUUGCAGCCUUCCAGUGCUACGCUAGUAUUGCUGGGAAACUAAAGACAUGCGCCUCUGGAGAACUGACUGUGUCGUUGGGGGAACAAGAUGCUAUGUCUUUGCCCCCUAGAUCGUCUAUACCAGCUGUUUCUCAGUCAAUGGACAUAACUGAAUUCUACGCAUCUCUGAAAAGUCUUGGUCUCGGUUACAACGGUCCCUUCCAAGGGCUGAAGGCUCUUACUAGACAAGCGAGUGGGUCGACGGGCAUGGUUUCAGGGACCGAGCUGGGCUCGUCUUUGCUGCUACAUCCAGCCAUCAUUGACUCCAGCUUGCAGGCCUUGCUAGCGGCGAGGAACAUCGAUGAAGUCCACACACUACAUGUCCCUGUGUCCAUUGAGCACAUCGCAAUUAACCCGCAGUUGUGCAAGCCCAGCUCAGUGGAGGCCAUGACUGAGCUUGCUGUUGAAGCUUUCCUCGAAAGUGGCAGCCCAGAUGGCAUGACAGGGGAUGUCAAUGUAUUUGACCCUGAUGGCCACGGGGUCUACCAAAUUGAGGGCUUCCAUGUGGCUCCUAUUUCGACUCCCGAGGAUCGUGGCAUCUUUUCCAAGAUUGUCUGGGGCCCGCUGCUGCCACAAGCUGUUUCCCAAAGCGUAUAUCAGGAUUGUCAAUACACAGAAGAGAUUCAGUGGGUGGAACGCUGCGCUCUUUUGUAUAUUAGAGAUGCACGGAGGCAGCUUUCCGCAGAGGAAUGCAGAAACCUUGACCAACACCGGUCUAGCGUCUUGCAGUGGAUGGAUCAGGUUCUCUGUACAACAAACGACGGCUCCCAUCCGAUAUGUCGUCCAGAUUGGCUAGACGGCACCCUGGAAGAUGCUCUCGACAAAGCUACGAAUACGGCACGCAUAGGUAGCGAUCCCUGGGAUCAGCUUCGGAUAGCAGGUGAUAAUUUGUCGAAAUUCCUCAGAGGGAGAAGCGGAAUGUUCGAGCUUUCUUGUCAGAAAGGCAAGUUGGAUGGGAUUUAUAAGGAUGCGUAUGAAAACAACCGCAGCCGUUCGCAGCUUGCAGUGCUCGUUAGCCAGAUCGCUUUCCGCUACCCUCAUAUGAAAAUACUCGAGCUCAAUGCAGAAAGGGGGUUGGCCACGGAAUCGAUUUUGAGGGAAAUAAAACGUUCAUAUCAAUCUUAUACUUUCACUAACAAUUCUCCAACAUCCUUUGCGGAUGUACGAGACAGACUUGCUCAACACAAAGAUCGGAUUGUCUAUCAGGCGCUUGAUAUUUUGUCAGAUCCCGUCCAGCAAGACUUCAGAGAGCACUCAUAUGACCUUAUCAUCGCAGCUGAUCUGAUCUGGUGUGCUGAAAGUCUGGUGCAGACCUUGAAACACAUUCGACAGCUGCUCAAGCCCGGUGGAUAUCUGGUCGUUCGUACCGGCACCAACACGAAUGUCAAUCGCCUUGGGCUGAUAGUCAGCUCUUUCAAGAAGUGGUGGACCGAUGAGAACGGAAACCCUCAAAGCCCGAUGGUUAGCCUCCAAAAAUGGGAUCUACUGCUCAAGAAGACUGGUUUUGGAGGACUCGAAGCGGUGUCAUCGGCUGGUCGGUUUGGAUAUGAAUCGACCUUUGUCACGCAGGCAAUCGAUGAUCGUAUCCAACUGCUCCGCGAACCCUGGAAUUGGAGGGGAACACUAUCAGAUAGUCUACUCCUCAUCGGUGGAGCGACAGGAGCAACAUCUGCUAUGAUAUCUGCUUUAGAAGCUUUGCUCAGACCGUGCUUCCGUCAAUUAGUUCUUGUACAGAGUCUCGAUGUACUAGACCUGGAUGACAUAUAUGGCUGGUGUGUAUUGAGUCUGACCGAUUUAGACUCGCCUUGCUACGAGAAUAUCACAGCACAGUGUCUCAGCGGCCUCAAGAUGGUUAUGAACAGCGCCAGCAGGCUUCUUUGGGUGACGAGUGGCCCAGAAAGCAAGCAGCCCUACUUGAGCAUGAGUAAGGCUACUGUUCACUGCCUCGCCUAUGAGAAUCCCCAGUCCAUCUUUCAGUACCUGAAUAUACCUAACCAUCAAGAGGUCACCGCGCCUACUCUUGCCAAUAUUUUCAUGCAGUUAGUCCAUACACCUAAGGACAAUAAUGAUGACCUGGAUGUCUGCCUGAAUAGUACAGAAUUCGAGCUACGGCUAUCAAAUGGGGUAUUGCAUAUUCCGCGAAUCCAGUUUGACGACACCAGGAAUCAACGAUAUCUUGCAAGCCAUCGCACGGUCAAUGGCUUGGUUGAACUGCAAGAUUCCACGGUACAGAUUGUUGCCCCGUCUGCCAGGCGCAGUGAGUUCAUCUUACGCAAAAGCCUGGAAUUUAGACAGCAAGAAGAAGCUUACAAUACUGCAACCCAUCGUCGGCUUAUUGUACGUUUUUCGACAAUAACUGCCUAUAAGGUGGAAGGCGCUGGCUUUCUGCAUUUAGUCAUCGGUCGAGAUGGAAAUGAUAAUACACGUUGGCUGGCACUAUCAGAGCAACAUGCAUCAGCUAUUGUGGCACCACUCGGGUGGUGCUGGCGGCUCCCAGACAGCGUUCCCGAGGGCCUAGAAGCUACUGUCUUGAUGCGAACAGCUGCUGCCCUGCUGGCCACUUAUAUCGUCGACAAAGGGCUUCCCGACACAAUGAUCAUGAUCUAUAAGGCCGAAACUUUAUGCAAGGUUGUGUGUGAUGCUGUCUCAGCCUUUGCUCUUGCACGAAAUGUUCGGGUAUUGUUUGUGACCAAUGUCCAAGCCGCAGUGCCAAAGACUGGUGUGCUGUAUAUUCACGAGAGAAGCUCUUCUCGUACUUUAUCUCGCCUUUUGCCGAAAGACAUUUCUGUCAUUGUCGGCUGUACUCAAGGUGCGAGCAGUGUCUACGAUCGAAUCAUAUCUCUCCUGCCCGAGGAUGUUGUGCAAGUUGAUAUCUCGAGUUUGAGCAGAACGUCGUCAAAAUCAUUGCGGCCUGCUAGUCCGAUCACCGUUGGGCAAACAUUCCUCGCAGCCUGUGGGUUUGCGCUACAAACGGCUACCUUGCAGGAAGAAUUUCCGCUUGUCUCUGUUCAAAACUUGCAGGGUGCUUCACCGGGAAUGAAUCAGUUGGAGAUCGUGGAUUGGAUUCAGCCAGGCCAAGUCCAUAUUCAAAUUCAAACAGCAAGCUCCAUGAUCACACUAUCCCCACAAAAGACAUACUUGCUUGUCGGGAUGACUGGUGAUCUUGGAAGAUCCGUCUGCCAGUGGAUGGUCAGUAAAGGAGCCCGAACUGUGGUCCUUGGCAGCCGUUCCCCCAAUGUUGAUGCGCAGUGGAUUUUGGAGAUGGAAAGACUGGGUGCUCGAGUUGUUCCAAUGGCAAUUGAUGUCACCAACCGAGAAUCUGUGUGUCGUGUCUAUGCUUCUAUACGUGAAUCACUACCUCCGAUUGGGGGAGUAGCCAACGGAGCGAUGGUGCUCAAGGACUGCCUCUUUGCUCAAACGACGCUAGAGAAUAUACAGAGCGUCAUGGCCCCAAAAGUUCAAGGCAGUAUUACCCUGAGCGAAGUUUUCGGUGACCUGGACCUAGAAUUCUUUAUUCUAUUUGGAUCAGCUGCUGGGCCGCUGGGUAAUGUUGGCCAGACAGCAUAUUCAGCCGCCACAGAAUUCAUGUCAGCGCUUAUCAAACAGCGGCACGAACAAGGCCUAGUCGGCAGCAUUAUUCAUCCAGGCUUGAUUAAAGGGGUAGGGUAUUUUGCAAGAGCAGACAGUGCAGUUCAGAACAUGAUCGAGCGGAACACUGGUGCUUCAAACUUCAGUGAGCAAGACCUGCAUGAGCUCUUCGCAGAGGGUGUCCUUGCAGGACACCCAGGCUCUAGCAAAGAUCCUGAAGUAAUUGCUGGCUACCAGGUAAUAAACGCUGAAGAGAAUUCGAACGCGUUAUGGUUGCGAAAUCCGAAGGCGUGGCAUCUCAUUAGCCAUGCGGCUAACCCGACCACAUCUGCAUCCGGUACUAACGAGGAUGUUCCGAUAAGGAAGCAACUCGAGCUGGCAAAGAGCACUGGCGAAGCCACGGAUAUAAUAACUGAAGGGUUUAUCAAGGAAGUGCGCUCCAGGCUGCAACUAUCCGCCGAGGAAUCGCUUACUGGAGCAUCUACAUUGACCGAGAUGGGGGUGGAUUCUCUGGUGGCUAUCGAGCUGCGGCAUUGGUUCGUUAGGGAGCUGUCUGUUGACCUUCCUGUGCUGCAGAUUAUCGGGGGUUCU